AGGCACCAGUCAUCAUCCCCUUAUUAUAUGAUAAAGCCAACAAGGAUCUGCACGUCAUCAAAAUCCGAACAAUGCGAAGAGAAAAUUAGGGAGGGAGUCGUGUGCGUGGGCGUGUGCCUGUGUGGGUGUGUGUGUGUAUAUAGGGAGCCGAAUGCCUCCACUUUUAUUUCCGUCUUAACCCGACUGGCGUUCGGCGUUGUCGGUAGUCGCCCGCGUGAUUUGGGAGCGUCACAAUCGGUGGCGUUCGCCCAUUCACGUGCGGCGCUAGAGCAGAGCUGGUGAGGGGAGCGGAGGGAGGUGGGGACAUUGGGGGCGCGGAGGAGGUCUGCUAAGGAAUCGAUCCGUCGGUCGGAGAAUUUCAAGAGCGUUGGAAAUUAAGGAGAAUUUCAGUUGACGUGACUGCGUUGUUAUUGUUCAAGCGACGACUUCGUGGCGACGACAGGGCAAUCUUUUUGCCCCUCGGCUCGAGUAACUAAACGUUCUUUCGUCUUCCAUUCUCAGUGUACAGUGUGCAAUGGCUUGCUCACUACUUGCCGCUAAUUGUUGUGAUCAUCUUUACGCUCGAGCACCUACCGACAUUUCAUCCCCAGGUACCAGGAGAGAGAGAGAGAGAGAAAUGGCGAGUGCGGUGGUGGUUUCGACGCGAGCUUGCGAGGGGAGAUUAUGGUCAGAGAAGGAGAUGAGGGAAAACGCUUCGUUGUCUGGCAACGCGACUCGUGUGAAGGUGGAGCAUCUCUCGCCGUCCGAUGCGCGCGGCAGCGGUGAUGCCUCCGGCGUUGAUGUCGUCGACUUCUUGCCCGCGGCAGAGGAGACGGAACGUCAUCAUCAUCAAUCUUCUUAUCAUCUCUCAUCCUCUUCUUCGCCUACCCAAUCUAAAUCUCACAAGAAGGUGGUCAUUAAGAAUCCCUGCGGUAUCGCUUUCGUCUACGGCACGCUGAAGAAGGGGUUCGGUAAUUACUGGUUGAUGCAAGAUCUCCUGAAAGACGGCCACGUGGAAUACAUCGGAUCUGCCCGUACGAAGCAACCUUAUCCACUUGUAUGUGGACCGUUUGCCGUCCCGUUUCUUCUCGAUAUGCCAUCGAACGGUUGGUGUGUGAAGGGAGAGUUGUACAAGGUGGAUGCUAAAGCGCAGGAGAUACUCGACGAGAAGGAGGGGACCACCGUCGGGCAUUACGUGCGCAAGCCGCUCGUCUUGACUGAUGUAGUAUUCGAUCGAGACUUUGUCUCAUCUCCCGCUGACGAUGAUUGGUAUCGUAAGGGAGAGGGAGAGGGAGAGGGAGGGGGGGAAGUACUUGCAGAAGCCUAUUUCGCACACAAUAGCAUAACGCAAGGGCUGGCAAAAGCCUCCGCUACGCAGUUCAUUGAGGCGUUUACAGAAGCUCAGGCUCGUCAUUACAUCGUCAGAAAAGAUAGACCGAAGAAUCGGACGUUUCUUGAGCAUGUUCGGUUAUGGAUCCAUGAGAGAACGAGAGAGAAACGACAGCCCUGAUUACCUACCUACGACGUGGCAGAACGUGGAACGUUUGCAGCAGAACCAGCACCAGCUUCAGCUCUCUCUCUCUCUCUCUUUCUCUCUCUCUCUGUGUGUGUGUGUGUGUGUGUAACUAUCUAUCUACACAUGUUAGAUACCUCAACGCUUUUCUCUCUCUCUCUCUCUCUCAAGAUUGCAAGCUCCCAAGUCUAAUAGAAUAAAUCUGAGCUGUUCGUUUUUGGUUCAUGUGUCUGCAAGUGAAUUAUUUUGAUUUUGUCGGUUGAUGUGUCUGCAAGUGGUGUUUUUUUUUUUUUUUUUUUGGGCCUUGUCUGGAAGUGAUUUUCUUCUGAAGUGACAGGUAUUUCCCUUGCGUCUCUUUGUACAUGCAUUUCUUCCUCUUCCUCUCCUUUUUCUCCUCACUCCUCCCUACUGAGAACGCAGAGCAACACUCUCCUCCUCCUCCUCCUCCAUACUGCUCCCUCCUCAGAGUGCAGAGAGACAGUGGCUGGUGCUGACGUGUCAUUCUCUCGACUUUGGCGUUCUCUUUGGGAGAGUGGCAAUUCUUUUGUCGACCUGGACGGGGCGACGAUAAGAUCGGGAUCUCAGAUCAUGGCAGUCGCAGUCGUCUGUGCCAGAGCGGGACACUUGGCUGAGGUUACGUGGCAGCAGACCGGGACCGGGAUUAGAUCAUCCGUACUACGGUCGUGUCGCUCGCUUGCGAUCUCAUCAGAUGACACUGGAGCUUGCGCUACUGUGUACCUGGUCACGAUCUGGGAUCAGGACAUCCAUACACAGAAGUGCCGCGCAACCGUAUGUAUGGGUCGCCGUUCCUCUCCGUUCGUCGCCGUUCGUCGCCGUUUUUGGCCGUUUGUCACGUUAGCCUCCGUUUGUCCCCUUGUCGCCGUUCGGCGCCGUUUGUCUCCGUUUGCCGCGCCCUUUGUCGCCGUUUGUCGCCAUUUGUCGCCAUUUGGUCAGCGCGACCUGUGAAGCCCUGGACUGUUCAAGCGGUCAGGCGACGAUUAAGGUGUGUGUGGGGUCUGGGGGCUCCCUACCGUGAGCGUGGGCGGCGCUGCACGGUGAUGAGAUCUUGAGGUCGAACUCACGCGAGGAGUUUCAUGGAUGUAUCUGACCGCUUGAAUGGUCGCACCUGGACGUAAUCACGUCCACAGAGGAGUUGAAAAAGUCCUCGUGUGCGUAGUUGCGGUCGUUUCGUCGGAGGCCCACCUGGCCGCAAUUGCGGUCGUAUUCAUGCCACUGAGGACGCACCUGACCGUAUUUUCGCCGGGCUUCUAACGGCCGCGAGUUCCGUGCCCGGCGCGCGUCCUGUGUUACAUGUGGGACCGCACGGUAACGGAAUGUAUCUGGUCGCUUUUACGGUCGCAUCGGUGUUUCCAGGCUUCGUUCCGUUUCAACAGAAGGCGAUCCUUCGGUCGUAGGUAUAGAAGUUGGAUUGAUGACGUCAACAAUAUACUGCAACCUGACACGUGGCAGCGGCACGUGCCAUAGAGCGAUGCGCAUUACGACGCCAGUGUUUCCUGUUCGCCUGACACGUGGCUUCGAUUUGGAAACCGUUUUUAAUUUUGUAGUGGGGGGGAGGGAGRGGGGGCGGCGGCGGGACGUGGGGGAUGUAUUUCUAUUUUUGAGGACGUGUCCGUAAAAGUCGUCGGAAUUUCGAAUUUUUGUAAUUUGGAGUUUUUGUAAUUUGUAAUUUGUGCCCUGGGAUUGGCCACACGUCAUCGAUGUGCAAUAUCUGGAUGGUGAGAUUGCUGGCACCCUGGGACGUGGUCCCACUAGCGAAGGGGAUAGGAUAGAAAUCCUGAAUCUGGCUAAUGUUUAACGCAGAGAUACAGAAAAGCAGUUCUAUCUCGAUUUCCUGCUGUCCUCGAACACGUCCAGAUUAAUAAUCGUUAAUGGGACCACGGCCCUGCUGCAGCGGUAAAUGCCUCCACCGGUGGUGGGCGCGUUUUACUGCCGGCCGCCUCACACGUGGCUGCUGCUGCUAGAUUAAUAAU